AUGAAAUACCUAAACUUUUGUAUUGCUGCUGUGAGUUUUGUAUUGUCCAGCAGUGCAUAUGCCGCUCCGCCCAAACAACAGUCAAGCCGUCCACAUGUCCCAAACAUAAUAGUCAGUGUUUCCAGCCAGGACAACAACCGCAAUAGGCAGGAGUUUAUUACCAAAUUGGUGAAUAUGGCAGGAUUAGGAAUGAAACACAUUGGCAAACUUAUCAUUGACGACGUGAUAUACGAUCCCAAUUAUAGACAAGCGUAUUAUGUUAUCGAUGGUGAUCAGGCUCAUGAUAAAGUAGACUAUUGGGGAAGAGACGCACUUGUUGACGUGUUGCUAAGCGUCAUCCCUGAACCACCAGGACGUCCAAGUCCUGAUGGACAAUAUGAGUAUCCUGAUACACCCGUUCAAUCUGGACUGAUUGGCAGGUUCUGGUUAUGGCCGAAACACGAACCUAAAGUAGCGACACCGAAUGCUAGCAAUGCACCAAAGUCUAUUUUGAACAGACUUGAUGGAUAUCAUGCAUCGGCCGAGUCGUUUUCGCGCAGAUAUACUUUGUGGAGUCAACAAGUACUACAGCUUUUGAAUCAACUGGAUGUUCGAACCACCACUAUUCCAACGGUUUUCCUCACUCUCAAAAGCACUAGCAAGGUUUUGAGCAAACAACUUGAAUGCUUUGAUCAGUUUUAA